GAUUCAAAGCAGAAACACAAUAAUAUGGGGGAAGUCUUUAAUGAAACAGAGAUGAUUGAAAAUGCAAGGUCAGCGGUGUUCAAAGAAUCAUCAGAAAGCCUAGAAGGAACUUGUGCCAAAAUCCAAGGCUAUGAUUUUAACAAUGGGAUCAAUUAUUCACACCUUCUUAAGUCCAUGCUGUCAACCGGCUUUCAAGCUUCUAAUCUUGGUGACGCCAUUGAAACCGUUAAUCAAAUGCUAGAAUGGAGGCUUUCUCAUGACCAAGUAACAGCAGAUUGCAGUGAGGAGGAGAAGAAUCCUACAUCCAGAGAGUCGGUCAAAUGCAAGAUCUUUCUGGGGUUCACUUCAAACCUCAUUUCAUCUGGUGUUCGAGAAACUAUUUGCUAUCUAGUUCAACAUAAUAUGGUUGAGGUGAUUGUCACUACAGCUGGUGGCAUAGAAGAAGAUCUCAUAAAAUGCCUUGCAGACACAUACAGAGGUGAAUUUUCUCUACCUGGUGCUGCAUUGCGUUCAAAAGGACUAAAUCGUAUUGGUAACUUGUUGGUACCUAAUGAUAACUACUGUAAGUUUGAGGAUUGGAUUAUCCCAAUAUUUGAUCAAAUGUUGGAAGAACAAAAAACGAAGCAAGUAUUAUGGACACCAUCAAAAAUAAUAGCACGUUUGGGGAAGGAAAUCGAUAAUGAGAGUUCAUACCUAUAUUGGGCAUAUAAGAACGAUAUCCCUGUCUUCUGCCCUGGCUUAACAGAUGGCUCUAUUGGUGACAUGUUAUAUUUCCAUUCCUUCCGCAAUCCUGGUCUUGUUGUUGACAUAGUACAAGAUGUCAGGGCGAUUAACAAUGAGUCUGUGCAUGCAAGCCCUAGGAAGACAGGAAUGAUCAUUCUAGGAGGUGGGUUGCCAAAACAUCACAUUUGCAAUGCGAAUAUGAUGCGUAAUGGUGCAGAUUAUGCUGUCUUCAUCAACACAGCCCAAGAGUUUGAUGGUAGUGAUUCUGGUGCUCGUCCUGAUGAAGCCAUAUCAUGGGGCAAAAUACGUGCUUCUGCUAAAGCUGUCAAGGUGCACUGUGAUGCAACUAUUGCAUUCCCAUUACUCGUUGCAGAAACAUUUGCUGCAAAGAGAGAGAAACCAGCUGAACUGAGUUCUUGAUACAUGAACUUUUCAGGAACGUUGACUGCAUUGCAAAUCAAUGUUCAUGUUUUAUUGUUUUUUUCUAUUCAAACAUUUUCGUAUUGUUGGUCACAAUGUAAUAUAUCCUUGAUUGAAAGUACCAUUGUUAUUUUAACUUAAGGUACAAUGAAUGACACACAUAUCAUUCACUGAAA